AUGGACAAGUCCAACAACUCUCUGGCAAGAUUNACGGCCUUCAUCGGCAGCAGCAUCAUCACGGCACAGAUCACCUGGGAGGGCCUGUGGAUGAACUGUGUGGUGCAGAGCACCGGCCAGAUGCAGUGCAAGGUGUACGACUCGCUGCUGGCGCUGCCCCAGGACCUGCAGGCGGCCCGUGCCCUCAUCGUCGUCGCCAUCCUGCUGGGUGCAUUUGGGCUCCUCGUGGCGCUUGUGGGCGCCCAGUGCACCAACUGCGUGCAGGACGACACUGCCAAAGCCAAGAUCACCAUCGUGGCUGGCGUGCUCUUCCUGCUGGCCGCCCUGCUCACCCUCGUUCCGGUGUCCUGGUCCGCCAACACCAUCGUACGGGACUUCUACAACCCCCUGGUGCCGGAUGCUCAGAAGCGCGAGAUCGGCGCGGGCCUGUACGUGGGCUGGGCGGCCGCGGCGAUGCAGCUGCUGGGGGGCGCGCUGCUCUGCUGCUCUUGCCCGCCGCGCGAGAAGAAGUAUGCGCCCACCAAGAUCCUCUACUCGGCGCCGCGCUCCACGGGCCCGGGCACUGGCACCAGCACAGCCUACGACCGCAAGGACUAUGUCUGAGGGGCAACAGCGCGGAGACCCCACCACCCCCAUGCGCUGAAGCGCCCACCAGUCCAGCGAGCCGCCUUGCAUGGGAGACCAGCCCGCCCCAGAUGUCUGGCAGCUCCUCUCGCUGGAUUGGGAGGGGCCAGCCCAGCGUCCCAAUUCCAGCUGCCACCCCUUCGGGGACAGGGAGCGGGACAGCGGAGCCCGGGGACCAGCCCGCAUAGACAAUGAAACCUCCGCCUCUGGAGCGCGGGGUAGAGUGGCCCCCCUACUUGUCCUCCCACUUGGGCCGCGACCCCAAAGCCCGCGUUGGGCAGGGACGGGCAGUCUUGAAAAGGGCCACUUGUUCUUCAAUAAAAGUCUUUCGUUUUGCA